UUUGGUAUCGAAGACGUACUUCUGGUUCAACAAAGUGUUUGGAAAAUAUUACCAUUAUGCAUUUCAAAAGUGCUGUUAUCUUUUGUGCGUUAUACUUCGUGACGAUGACACAAAGCAUCGGACUCACUAGGAAUAUAAUCAAUAGGAUUGUAGUUGAAUUCGAAAGAGUCGAAAACUCUAUAGACCAAAUUUCUCCAAAUGAAAUCGAAGAAAUUAUAAAAGAUAUGGGCGUGCAGGAUUUGUCAGGUUUUACAUACGAAGCAGAUACAAAAGACGGUCGAAAAGUACAACAACUUUUGGUACUUUUGGCCCAAACCGAUAAGCCAUCUGACCACUGGCUGAAACGGAGAUUAUCAAGCCAAGAAGUAACUAUUUACUUGAACCUGUUCGAAUAUCAUGACCAAAAAGGAGGCGAGUUUGAUGGUCUAAUUAACUCCAAGGAAUUAAACAAAAUCGUUGAAGCUUUAAAUUUAAAUGAAAGCGAGAAACAAAUGUUGACAGGACGAUUCGAAGGUGACCUAACAAUUAACUUUGCCGAGUUCAUACAAGCCUUUUUUGAAAUAAAACCACAGGGCAAUGGUCUAGAAGAGAAACAGAUUGAUGAGCUGAUCCUAAUUAAAGAUGAUAAAGAAGAUGGCGCUUACAUUAAGACUACUAAAAUAACACAGUUUUUCAUAGGGUUAUCCAUAGUUAACGGCUUGGAUGAGAAACUGGUUUUUGAUCGCAUUCAAUAUUCUGCUUUGGAGUUGCAAGAGCUGGUGCUUGUUUCAGCAGAAUACAACAGAUCGGCCGACAAAAAAACUGGAACCGUCUAUUCAACAGAAAUAGUUAAAGAAGUGUUAGCGGAUUUCCAUCAGUUCGACCAUAACCAGAACGGUAAAAUCUGUAAGCAUGAAGCUAUACAUAUUGAGAGGAUGUAUUUCCCGAAAAAGAAAAACUUUGGCUCUCUCAUUGACGCAUAUGAUACCGAUGCCGAUGGAUUGUUGGACGUUGCGGAAUUAUUCAGGUUGAUGUUUAAGGAGCGUGUAAUUGUUGUUUAACGCUAAAAAGGUUGAUGUGUUUUUGCUGAAUUAAAUAUUAUAUUAAAUGAUUUCUAAACGAAUAUUCUUUGGGAGUGCUUUAAUCAUGGGUAAUAUAUUUGAAAUUUGAUGUUUUAUGAUUCUUUUCAAAAUUGUAUAAUUUUACACAUAUAUUUUAUUUAUUUAAUGAUUUUAUUAAAUGU